CUCCAAUUAAUCAAAAAAACAUGAUGGAAGGCAAGCACGAAUUAUUCCAAGCACAACAUGUUCAAUUUCAGAUCCAUCCUUUACUCGCCAAACAGUGUCAUAAAAGUGCCCCGGAUGCAGUACCAGUUUUAUUCCAUUGUUCAAAGAGCAGUAAACUAGUAGUGGGGCGAGGUCAUGACGCGACAGUCAAAAUUGGUAAAUCCAAUAAACGUGUGUCGAGAGAACAUGUAGCGAUUGAACAUAAAGCCCAUGUUGGUUUUGAAAUGACCAUUCUAUCCCCUAACGGUGCUCUCAUUGACCACAUUAGUUUUGACCAAGGAGAACAUGUACCCAUCACUGAGGGAACCCUUAUUGAAAUUGCUGGAAAUAAACUCGUCUUUGCUGGAUCUUCAAGUACAGAAGAAAAAGUCAUGAUUGCCUUACAACAGGAUGAAACAUCUCCCCCACUGAUCCCAUCACCACCGUCACGACUGUCAUUGCCACCGAUACCAGUGACAUGCGCAUCCCACAUCGACCGUGCAUCGAAUAUCACACCGGUGAAGGAGAAACCCGGCCAACCAUCAACACUCCAAGAUCAGAUUAUUCAAGUACUUGUGUAUACACGAAAAUCCACCAUGACAUGCACGGAUAUCGGGAAUCGAUUAAGGGAUUAUACGAUAAGCGAAGUAUCUCGCGUUCUUAGUGGAUCAAGAAUGAUUGGACGUAUUCAACGCUUGGGCAAGACAGCAGAUGGAUCUCCCAAGGAAGACCUUUAUUAUUAUAAACCCGAUUUAGAUCCAGAUCAGGCACGAAAAAAACGGUAUUCGGAUGUAGGUAGAAGUGCAAGGAAAUGCACCAUGAAGGAUACACAAUACUUUUUCAGGAUUCCACCGAAAUUGACAGCAUCCAAUAAGACUCGAAAGAGGACAUCGGCAACAAUGGUAAAGGAACAAGAGGAAGAUGAAGAGUUAAAAUCAAGUCAUAGUAGUGAUGAUGUGAGUGAUAUGGAAGUGUAUGAAUUAUUCAAGGAUGUGUGAUAAAUAAAUUAUUAUUUGGUUUGGUUUGGAGGUCAACUGAGUGACACAUCAUUUUUUUAAAGGCAUUUUUUUUUUAGUCGUAGCACAUUCUUAAUAUAUAACUUUUUUUUUGC